AUGAACUCAUCCGAUCCGGUCGAGGUCAUCGAGGUGGCCAAAUCCUCCGCCAACGCCCAUGAUGCUCAGCUGGCUCCAGAAAAAGAUGUGACUGGAACACCCCAGGUACAAGAGCUCUCCACGAUGAGCCCCACGGGUAAUGUGUUGCCAGGGGAUCUCAAAGAGGAUCGUCCCCCGAAUCUUCCUACUCCCGAGGAAUUCGAAACCCUGCGUCGUGUGUCGGGUCCCAUUCCCUGGACUGCUUAUACAGUGGCAUUUGUGGAGCUGUGCGAACGUUUCUCAUACUAUGGAACAACUGCCGUGUUUGUGAACUAUAUACAACGUCCUCUACCACCAGGCUCAACAACCGGUGCGGGCGGCGAUGUUAACGUUCCUGGCGCUCUGAGUAUGGGCCAGCAGGCGUCGACGGGCCUGACGCUCUCCAUUCGACCAGUCAACUCCUUCUGGUCGUAUAUCAUGCCUUUGUUCGGAGCUUUUCUCGCCGAUCAAUAUCUAGGCCGGUUCCGUACAAUUAUGUGGGCCAUUGGCGCGGCCCUGAUAGGACAUGUGGUGAUGGUUGUCUCGGCAAUCCCCAGCGUGAUAUCUCACCCCAAUGGCUCCAUUGCCUGUUUCUCAAUCGGGCUGGUUAUUAUGGGCGUGGGCACGGGUGGCUUUAAAGCCAAUAUCUCUCCGUUGAUUGCAGAGCAAUAUCGCCAGGAACAUGCUGAAGUAAAGAUCCUCGCAUCAGGCGAGCGAGUUAUUGAGGACCCCGCCGCGACAGUGGGACGCAUCUACCUCUACUUCUACCUAAUGAUCAACAUUGGCUCUAUCCUUGGUCAAGUCAGCAUGGUGUACGCAGAACGAUAUGUGGGGUUUUGGCUGUCAUUCUUCCUGCCAACCUGCAUGUUCAUGCUCUGUCCUAUUGUGCUGUUCUUCUGUCAGAACAAAUACUAUUUGGUCCAGCCGACGGGCUCGGUCUAUCUGCAGGCUUUCCGGUUGUGGAAAUUGGCGAUGAAGGGACGGUGGUCAUUGAACCCGGCACGACUCUUCCGCACAAAUACAACCCCCUUCUGGGAGCCGGUCAAGCCGUCUAAUCUAGGGCCAAACAAGCCCGUCUGGAUGACCUUUGACGAUGAAUGGGUCGACGAAGUCUCCCGUGGCAUGAAGGCUUGCGUGGUGUUCCUUUGGUACCCCCUCUACUGGCUCGCAUACAACCAGAUGCUGAACAACCUCACUUCCCAGGCCGCCACCAUGCGACUCGACGGGAUCCCGAAUGACAUCGUGAACAACCUCAAUCCUCUGUCACUGAUUGUCUUUAUCCCUAUCUUCGACCGCAUUAUCUACCCCGGCAUCCGUCGAAUGGGCCUCAAUUUCACUCCCCUGAAGCGCAUUACUGCCGGGUUCGUGAUGGCUGCUUUGUCCAUGGUCGUCGCUACUGUGACUCAAUACUAUAUUUAUAAGCUCGGCGACUGCGGUGGAGAGGCCAACUACUGCCUAGACGAGUUCAACAAGCACUCGCCUGUGUCUGUCUGGGUGCAGGCGCUGAUUUAUAUUCUGGGAGGUAUCUCUGAGAUUCUUGCCUCGGUGGUCUCCAUGGAAUACGCCUACACUAAGGCUCCCAAGAACAUGCGGUCUCUGGUGCAGGCCGUUGCGCUCUUCAUGAACGCCUUCUCGUCGGCCAUUGGACAGGCCUUUGUCGGGUUGUCCGUGGAUCCGCUCCUGACAUGGAACUAUACGGCAGUGGCCCUCCUUGCAUUUUUAGGCGCAGUUGGCUUCUGGGCAACCAACUAUAAGCUGGACAAGAAGGAGGAUGAGUUGAAUAAUAUGAAGAAAAGCCGUUAUGAGGGAUCUGGAAUCAAGAACGACGAGGAAGCUGCAUAG